AUGGAUCAUGGGACCGUCGUCGAGCUGAGCAACACCCAUCAAGUCAAUCACCGCUUUGAUGUCAUCAUGAACCAUCGAACAACGACAAACCCGAACGUUACGGUUGCAUUCGACAUGGAAUGGCCAGUCAAUUUGGAGACGGGAAUCCACGUGGCAUAUCAAAAUACUGUCUAUCUAAUUAAGACUGCUCCGUUUCUCGAAAAUGGUGUCAUCAAGCUCCCACACUCCCUCCUCGUGUUUUUGCGUUCGCCACUGUUUAAGAAAGUUGGUGUUUCAGUCGGAGCUGACUUCAAGCGGCUGCAGAAUGACUGCGGGAUGCAUCAUGGUGCAGCAUCGGAUGAACCGUUUGCAGGACACGUGGAGCUGGGAGCAAUGGCUAAGGAGCGUGGUGCUACCGUGAAGAGGACUGUGGGGCUUGCUGAACUCGUCGGAAUACUUCUCGGCAGGCACCUACCGAAGGACCCCCAAGUCCGUGUUAGCCCUCGGUGCAUUUACAGCUCGCGGGGAUGGACAUUGCCCAGCCUGUUGUGGCCACCACCCCUAGUGGGACUGCAAUUGCACUCCUGGCACCUGACGGACAGGAGGUGGCUCACGGAAUUGUGGCCCUCGAACGUCCUCCUGCCCUCGAUGGUGUUGACGUGUCACCGAAACGAGUCGUGA